AUGUCUUCCUAUCAGCUUUGGCGAGCUAAAAAGAUUAUUAACUUACUCAACGAAAAUAACGCAGAAAAUACAUGUCAAAAUUUAUCACCUGAGCAAUCUCCUAACAAUGAAUUAUUAUUAUCAGAGGUUGAAAAUGUAGAAUUUGAAUAUCUUAAUAUUGGCUUAUCUGACACACUAGAAUUACCUACCUUACCUGAAAAUUGUCAAAUUGUACCUAUAACUAAAGCAACAGAGGAACCCAUUGUUAUUGAAAUGACUGAACCUACCUUACUUGAGUAG